GCGGGAGCUGACGGGAAUUAUUACCAACCCGGUGAUUGUGAAAGUGGUGAAUUCUGGGUUUGCCCCACCAAUAUCCCAGGAGCCUUUUGGGGUGGCUUGGGUCUGGUCUGAGCAGAUUGUCCCUGCCUUCUUUAACACAGAGCCUAGAGAUCCCAGCAUGCACUGCUGGAUGGAGCAUUGCAUGCUGGGAAGAGGGUGCCUGGGCGGGGGAGCUGGCCUCUGCCCUGCCAGUCGUGCUCCCAGUGUGGCAGAGGGAUCACCGGUGGCCGGGGUUUGACUACCGAGGUCGCCCCCAGAAGUGGCUGCCUGCCUCCCUCAUUGGCUUCAGAGCUAGCCUGUUCACCCCCUCACUGGCCAAGAGGAGCCCGGCAGUUGCUGGGGGUCAGACACUUCCCAGCAGCCCCCCAUGGGUGAGACCCGGCCCCUGGCAGGGGUGGGUCUGACGUGUGGAGUCAGAGCAUAAGCUCAGAGUACAGGAAACUGGCGGCUGGCAGGAGCUAGUACUGGUGCCACCUGGCUUGAAGUGGGAUCCCACCGCUGACACAAGGAGCUUCUGACCUGGGGGGGGGCAUUAGGGGGCUCCCCUCCUGGCUUCCCCUCUGACACGGGGGAGAGGGGGUUGGACAGUGCCCCUCACUCUCCUCCCCUUCUCUGGGAUCCUGGUGGUACUGCCCCUUCUAUGGGCCUCAGCUGUGGGGAGCCGGGCUGGGGACAAUGGGCCCAGUAUGUUACCCGAGAGCCAGCCCCCUGGCCCCUGCGUCAGCAGCCGGCCCCACUCGCCCUCGCUCCCAGCUUGAGUUUGUGGCACUGGAUUGUUUAAGAAGCGAAGCGGACGGGGGAGAGAAUUUGAGCCUGGUGACUUGGCUGUGCCCGCUGCCCAGGGGUGGGUCUCUGUCUCCCCUCCUCCCGCUCUGAGCGGCCUGGCCAGUUGACACGAAGACUCCUUGUCUGUUGUGGACAUGCAGCCCCCUCUGGGGUGGACCAAAGCAGCCGUGCUACGCAGUCGGCGGUGACCAGCCCUAUCCUGGGAGCGCCACGAGGCCAGAACAUGGCAGUGCCCCGGCUGGUGUCCAGGAUGGGCGUCCCCGAGGACCGGGGGAGCUGGAAUUGUCAGAAGGACGCAGGGGCGAUGUUCUAUCCAAAACCUGGUGCCUGCCGCAGCACAGUCCCCCCCACAGCUGCGUGUGCGUCAGGGCUGCCUUAUCCGAUCUCCAUUGCGGUGGCCGUGCAGGAUUACAUCGCCCCUGACUGCCGCUUCAUGCCCAUCCAGCGCGGGCAGGUCGUCUACGUCUUCUCCAAGCUGAAGGGCCGCGGCCGGCUGUUCUGGGGCGGCAGCGUGCAGGGGGAUUAUUACGGGGAGCACCCCGCCCGCCUGGGCUUCUUCCCCAGCAGCGUGGUCCAGGAGAGCCAGUACCUGAAGCCGGGGAAGGUGGAGGUCAAAACCGAUCAAUGGGAUUUCUCCUGCCAGUGAGUCCUGCCUUGGCCCCAGCUCCCGGCGCUCGCUUGGAUCCCAGCACAGCUGCUUGGGCGCCGCAGCUCCAGCGCUGGGCCCAGGGCCUGGGGCUGAAGUGAAUUUCCUUUGCUGUAGCAAUAAUUCCCCCCGCCCCCGCUGGGUGCUCUGGUCCUGGGGCAGCUCCCUGUAGCUUCACCCUUACUGCCCCCCACCUGUGGCCAGUCCUAAAUAAACUCCCAUGCAGCAAA